UCGGCUUAAGUUAGUUAAAGUCUUAAAGAGCAAAUUACAUUCAAAUACGUGGGUGCAUGAAUACAAUUAAUAUAUUAUGGGUUCAGAUAAUUGGAUCGGCUGGAGCGGUAAACCAAAAAUCAGAGGUCACAAUCACAUCUUCUAAGGAAUCUAAGCGAUUAGUUGAUUACUGUUUUCAUGCCAUACCCGUAAAUUAUACAAAUGAGUUUUAUAUGGACCGUGAUGGUCAUUGCUGAUGAAGUUUACUUGUCUCCGCUUCUAACCCAAAACAAUUAUAAUACAAAAGUUGGAUGCCUUAAUUUUAAUUUUUUAAUUCGUCCCUUUAUAAUACAAAAGAUAUAACCAACUUGUUUAUUUAAAGUCAGAGGCGAUAUAUAUAUAUUGCAGUUUUGUACAACUACACUUUAUAUAUAUAUAUGCUCCAGAUGUCUGGAGAAAGGGAAAAAAUAAGAGGAUAUAGGAAAGAGAGGGAGAGGAGAUGAAGAGAAAGAGAUACGAUAUGGAGAAGAAGAAGACGGAGCUUCAAACGGCCAUAGAAGAGCUCUCUCUCUUUAUAAUAACUAAACCUGUAGAUAACACUGAAACCACACAUAUUCCCUUGAGGCCUCUUCUCUCCUUCUGCAACUUAAUCAUUCAAGUGCUUGAUAAGAUAGGACCGACAAUGGCUGUUCUUAGACAAGACAUCGAUCAAAAUAUACAGAGAUUAGAGAAGGUUUGUGAAACAGAUCCUUGUAUUUACUCCAACUUGGUUGAGAUUUUAAAGAAAGAAAGGAACGAGGGGACAUACAAGAUGGUUGCUAGUUGCAGUAGAGCUCUUCUUUGGCUCACUAGGACAAUGGAUUUUACUGCGGGUUUACUACGACUGUUGUCAAAAGAGAUGUCGUCAAAAAUGGAAGAACUUGUAGAAGAAACCUACUUGGCGACUUUAAAACUGCAUCAUGGAUGGAUCGCUUCUGCUGCUUUCAAAGUGUGCUUGAAGCUAGUGCCUGAUAAUAAAACUUUUAUGGACGCGAUCGGUGGACGAGACGAGAGCUAUGAGACCCUUAGAGAAGAUAUUGAGACAUUAAGCUCAUUGUUGACACCUAUUCUAAAAGAGAUUUUCAUUGUUCUGGAACAAUUCGGAUUGAACAGGUUAAGAUCGAUGUAAACAUGGAUUCAGAAGUAAUCUAAUUAUUUGAUGUUUUCGGUGAACUUAAAACUUUAUAUCAUGAAAAUGUAUAUAUCUUUAUAUGUAUAUAUCAGUUCUUAUACAAUUUCUCUUUUAUUUAUUUAUUUAAGAAUCCAAAAUUAAAAUUAAUUAUCCCUUUUAAAUAGGAAUGUACUCAUUGCAUUAACAUGUCAAAUUAAUAUGAAUAAAAAUUUCUUCUGUA